CAACAAUUUUCAUUUGCGGGACUACGAAGGAAACUACCGGUUCAGUGCGGGGUGUCCGCCGCGACGUUUGGGACGUCGAAACUACGACGCUCCGACGACCGGCGACGUCGACGACAAAAAUAAAAAAAAAAUAAAAUAAAAUUGCGCUCAAUUUUUUUCGGAUCACCUAUAUAUAUAUAUAUAUACUUUUUUUCCACAAUUAUACAUAUACAUAUAUAUAUGUAUAUAUACCAACACAUAUACAUAACAAUGAUUAUUUGUAAUAUAAUCUCUGCUCGCAAAUUAAAUCGGAAUAGUCUUCCUUUAAUAACAAAACAAAUUAUUGUCAGACGACUUUUAUUUUCAUUAUAAAAAUAGAAAAAAAAAAUUUUAUGGUGAUGCAAGAGUUGUGCCUCGUUAUGAUAAAUAAAAAAUUAAUUGAUUAUUUGUAAUUAACAAUAUAUAAUUAGUACAAAUUUAAUAUUUUAAUAAAUUUUGUGAGAAGCGCACGAUUGUUUCGACGUCUGAUGUAACGAGCAACGAAUGUUCCAACAACGAGAGGCGAUCACCCCGCGCGAUUGAAGACAAAAUUUUUGAUCAUAUAGAUCGACUCAGGAAGUCAAAUCAACAACAGAGGUAGUAAUAGAAGACAAGUGAGUUGGGCGAAAAUCGAUGGCCAUCAGCGCCCAUGGGCGGCCUCGCGUUUAGGACAAGGAAUAGCCCCUCCCAGAAGACCUCGCUCCGGUGGGGUGACUGCUGCCCCCCAAAUUCCAGUCCCCCAUCAUCGUCGGCCCUACGAAAAGGCCCUCACCAGGAUAUGCCACCUCUGCCCGUGUGAGGUUGUCCCCCGCUGUUGCGUGCCUGUAUUCCACGGGGUCUUCAGAGGUUUCCAAACGUUCCCAAAUCAGAUCGCAUACCGAACCUCUCGGAUCUCCGUCUUGGUCAGCUCGAAUUUACGCCAGUUGACUUUUCUUCCCCGAAGAUGAUUAACAUUGCCGGGGUCAUUUCCAUCCUUUUAUUUUACAUCCUUAUUCUCGGCGUGGGAAUAUGGGCCGCCAGAAAAAAAGAGGCCGGCAACGACUCCGAGGAGGAGGUUAUGUUGGCCGGUCGUUCGAUUGGAUUAUUUGUCGGAAUUUUCACCAUGACGGCAACAUGGGUCGGCGGUGGUUACAUCAAUGGUACUGCCGAGGCAAUUUACACCAAAGGUUUGAUCUGGUGCCAAGCUCCCUUCGGAUAUUCUCUCAGUCUUAUUUUCGGUGGAAUAUUCUUCGCCAAUAAGAUGCGACAGCAGGGGUACAUCACAAUGUUGGAUCCUCUCCAGGACGCAUUUGGAGAACGAAUGGGUGGCCUUCUAUUUCUUCCGGCCCUUUGUGGUGAGGUUUUCUGGGCCGCUGGAAUCCUUGCUGCACUUGGUGCCACAUUGGCAGUGAUCAUUGACAUGGAUCAUAAAACAUCAGUUAUUGUUAGUGCAGGAAUUGCCGUUUUUUAUACAUUAUUUGGCGGCCUUUAUUCCGUCGCCUAUACGGAUGUCAUCCAACUAUUCUGCAUCUUCAUUGGACUGUGGAUGUGCAUUCCAUUCGCUUGGGGAAAUCCCAAAGUGCUUCCAUUGAGUUCAAUGGAUGUUGAUUGGAUAGGUAGAGUUGAUCCGAAGGAAUAUUGGUCCUAUGCAGAUUAUGGGCUGUUGCUUAUCUUCGGAGGCAUUCCCUGGCAGGUGUAUUUUCAAAGGGUCUUAUCGUCAAAAAGUGCUGCCAGGGCACAAAUCCUAAGUUAUGUGGCUGCCUUUGGAUGCAUUCUCAUGGCAAUACCUCCUGUUCUCAUUGGUGCCAUCGCCAAAUCAACUCCUUGGAAUGAAACGGGAUAUAAAGGACCGUAUCCUUUGACGGAAUCUGAGACAAGUAUGAUCCUGCCAAUGGUCCUUCAGUACCUGACACCUGACUUUGUUUCGUUCUUUGGUUUGGGGGCUGUUUCUGCAGCGGUGAUGUCUUCAGCGGACAGCAGUAUUUUAUCAGCAAGCUCGAUGUUUGCAAGAAAUGUCUACAAGCUGAUUUUUCGACAAAGAGCAUCCGAAAUGGAGAUCAUCUGGGUGAUGCGAGUGGGAAUUUUAGUUGUUGGAGUCCUCAGCACAGCGAUGGCCUUAACCAUACCAUCAAUCUACGGUUUAUGGUCAAUGUGCUCAGACCUUGUAUAUGUAAUACUGUUUCCUCAAUUGCUGAUGGUUGUACAUUUUAAAGACUACUGUAACACCUAUGGCAGUUUAUCAGCAUAUAUCAUAGCAUUUUUGGUAAGACUCAGCGGUGGUGAAGAAAUGUUGGGACUCUCGCCAGUUAUUUACUAUCCAGGCUACGAUGAAGAAAAUAAAGUUCAACUAUUUCCCUUUCGAACAAUGGCAAUGUUGAUGUCAUUAGUGACAUUAAUUGGCGUGUCAUAUGGCACCCAAGUACUCUUCCUCUCAGGUAGACUUGCUCCGGGUUAUGAUAUAUUUAGAUGUGUUGUCAACAUUCCUGAGGAUGUACAACGAGUGGGACCUGAUCCCGCUGAAGGUGAACAAAUGUCUGUUCUUGCAGCGGGUGUAGGAAGAAUUUAUGGCAGCAAGGAUGAAUCGAACGGACGAGUGAAUCCAGCGCUCGAGCCGGACUACGACAUGGAGCCGGGAUACAGGGCCGUUGGUGCUAGUGAUAAUGAUGAUGAUGAUAAUAUUGGCAGCGGGGGUGGUGGGGGCAUUGGGGCACAUAUGGUACCCCGUGGACCCAGCGGACUCAGACAGCCACAAUCUAGUACUGCGUUCUAAUCCCAAGUUCCGUGAUCGGAUGCUGUGACCAACAAUAAGUCCGGUGACGCGGUGUCUUCUUUUUCCUUCUCUCUUUUUGUCUUUCCACUUUUAGUUUUCUUUUCAAAUGUCAUCCAUAAUAUUAAUGCAUUCUUUAAUUUUCUUUAGUUUAUUUUUUGCCUUGGUUUUCUGCUUUUUAUAUUAUGAUCAAAAUCACUCUGAGGCUUAUCGCAUUGAUUUAUUGCAAUCGAAACAAAUUUUCUUAUCGGAAAUUGCCAAAUGGGGGAGCUGAUAAGCUCCUUACCAAGAGGUGUGAGAUUUUCAGAUAGCGAUAUCCAUGCUGUAAGUCUCAAAUUUUUUCUAUCGAUGAUUCUUUUUCGAAUUUUUUGCUCGUUCGAUGCUUCAUUUUGGAAUUUGUUUUUUCUGAUUUUAAUUUUUAUCUAUUUUUAAUUAAAAUUUGUUUUUUUUUUUGAACCAUUGGGAGGGAAAUAUUUUUGAAAUUUUAAGCACUCAUUUAUAAACGCAAUCUCUUGAUGUGAAAAAUAAUAUUUGUUGUUUGUUGCUUAAUUUCAAAAUUAUUAAUUUUCCAGUGUUUAAUUUAAUUUAAUUCAAAUUACUUUUUAAUAUAUUCUAAUCAUCUGUCAUUUGAGAAGUUUCCAGUCAAAAUUCCAGUCUUUUUUUUUUAAAUGAAACUUAUUUUAAUAGUGAACGAUUUUAAAAUUGACCUCUAGUAAAAUAUUUUCAAAUAAAGAAUUAAUAUAAAUAUAUAUAUAUGCGGGAAUUAAUAGACUCGAAGCCUCUUUAAAAUGAGGGAUGAAAUAUUCACAACCACCGCGUCACCUCUUAGGCCUAGUGAUUAUCUUGUUUUUCUUUUGAGAUAUAUAUAUAAAAUUAUAUUCUAAUAAUAUAUAUAUUUAGAGUCUACCAACUGCUUGCGAGGAGUUUAAAUUUAAAUGGCCGAACCACUUGGCGAUAUAUCGACAUUUCGUGAUAUUAAAAUCAAAUAUUUUUAUUUUUUUUUUGGGAGAAUUUAAUCUCUUUUGGAGAAAUAAUUUUCACUUCCUGUUGAUGUAUAGUACCUAAAUAUAUAUAUUCUAUCGAAAAAAUAAUAUAAAAAUUUAUUAUAAGAUAUAUAUGUCAACUAAUAAAAUAAUUCUUGUUGGAUGAAUUCAAUAUUUGCAUUCUUCGAAUCUACAUUUAUUGUUCAAUGUAGAAAUAAGAUAUUUAUUAUGAAGAGUUGAAACAUUAUUGAAAAAAAAGUGAAAGUAUUUCUCCAGUAGAGAGGUAAAAUAAAUAUUGAUAUUGUGGAUACGAUAUAAUGUUAAUGAAAGAACGAGCGGCUUUAGUUUAGAAACCACAAAGUGCGGUCCUCAGGGUGGUCGUAAUGGACGGCCUUUCUUCAAAUAUAAAUAUAUAUAUAUCUGACUGUGCUGAUUAUGAUUAGAAUUUGUCGUUUAUGCCGAAGGUGUGUAAUUAUCUCCAUUGAUGUUAGAGAAAGCUUUUGUACUUGCUAUCGAUUAUAUUCCCUUCGCUUCGCCCAACGACAUAAUUAAAUAUGUCUUUCAGAAAUUAACUCUUCAUAGGGUCGUUGCGUGUUAAAAAAAACAGUUGUUUCUUUUAUUAUAAUCCCCUUUUUUUAUUAUUUCCUAAAUAUUUCGAAUUUUUUUUCUUUAUCAAAUAAAAAGGUUAUAAAUAGAAAAAAGAAAUUGAGCAACGACUCUUAUUUUCAAUAGCCGCUCGUUCUGAAAAUAGCAACAAAAAAAAAAAAAUCGAGAUGUCGAACGAUGCGGAAAACCCUAGUUUUACGCUAGUUAAUUGAAAGUGGUUUGUAGAGGAGUUUUGAGUAUGCUCAUUAGGAGUUCUUUAGACGUAUCUAUAAGCACUUGAGUGCAUCAAUCUCUGCCACAAUAAAACCGCCAAAGCGCCAUGUGGAUCGGCCGUCGUGUAAAUCCGUUGUGUUUAUCAUAUAGUAUAUACAUACAUAUAUAAUAUAAAGCAUACAUUAUAUCGCGAACAUAAUUGCAAAACAAAAAAGAAAAUAAGCGAGAGAAUUUAAUAUAUAUAGAUCGAUCAACGUGGAUCAAAGUAUGGAAGUAUAUAUAUACAUAUCUAUAUAAAAAAAAAUUAAUUAUACAUAUCCAUGAGAAGACUUAUAAAGAACGACGACGUACAAUGUUUUAGAGGGUGCAAUAUAUACGUAUAUAUUUAAGUUAAACAAACGUUUACUUUCACAUUCGUAUAAUAUAUAUUAAACGAUUCGCUAUAUCAUUGUUAUUUAUUACCAUCAUUAUCGACGUUACCGUUGAUACUGUACAGUUAUUAUAUACAUUUAUAUACAUAUAUAUAUAUACAACAUGUAUACAUAUCACAUAUGUAUAUUGUAUUUAUUAUCAUCGCUGCUCUAGUAGUUGUUGCGCAAACUUCUUUUUUUUGUGUUUUUAAUUCAUUCGCGGUAACGAAUUAUAACGAUUAGAAAUAGUGUUGUUCUGCUUUUGUCUUAUUUUGAUCGCAAAAAAAAAAAAAAUAACAAGUUUUAUUUAGAUUGUUAUAUAAAGGGACACACACUUUAGGUGAAAUUCGUUCAAA